CACUAGGAAACAAACUGUUUUAGUUGCGGAGGACUACCGAACGCGUCGAUUUCCUGCUCUGAUACCUCCGCUCCUGUCGCCGGGCGACUACUUUCGGCAGCUUACACCCUUCCGUCCUCCUUCCCAUGGCUUCCAUCUCCACAGCUCUACAUCACCCCCUAUCGGAGAACUUUCCUGCUCCCACGAUCGCCGCUUUGCAUUGUGCUCCAUGUCCUUUUGGAAGGCGGAGUACUCUCACGCUUAGAGGCGAUUGCUUUCGGGUUUUUAAGCUGCAGGCGGGUGAGAAAAGGCGAGGAGCAGUGAGGGUUGUGAGGAGCCCCGAUUGUGGUGAUUCCAUCGAGGCUUCUAUCGCUAGAUCUGAUAUUCCUGUCUUGUCUGGUUCUGAGGUUGUACAAAGGCUUACAACAUUUCUUGGAAACUCAAUCAGCAAGCAGAAUUAUUUGGCCAUGUACUCCAGCAUUUUUGGUGGAAUUACUACAGAUCUCGCAGCAAUGGUUAUUCCAAUGGAUGAUCACAUGGUCCAUCGAGGACAUGGUGUCUUUGAUACUGCUGCUAUAAUGGAUGGGCACCUUUAUGAGCUAGAUCAACAUCUAGAUCGUUUCUUGAAAUCUGCAUCAAUGGCAAAAAUCCAGCUUCCUUUUGAUCAACCUACAAUUAAGAAUAUCCUUACACAAACUGCAGCAGUGUCGAAAUGCAUGCAAGGGUCAUUAAGAUAUUGGCUCUCUCCAGGACCCGGAGAUUUCCAGUUAUCUCCAUCCGGCUGUUUAAAUCCUGCUCUUUAUGCUAUCGUGAUUGAAGCUCCAUCCUUACCAGUUUGUAGCGGAGAUAAAGUAGUAACAUCUACCAUCCCUAUGAAACCACUUCAGUUCGCUGUGAUGAAGAAUGUUAAUUAUCUCCCUAAUGCACUCUCAAAAAUGCAAGCUGAAGAGAAUGGGGCAUUUGCAGCAAUUUGGCUAGAUGAUGAAGGCUUUAUUGCUGAGGGUCCCAACAUGAAUGUGGCAUUUGUGACAAAAGACAGAGAACUAAUCAUGCCUCUGUUUGACAAAAUUCUCAGUGGAUGUACAGCCAAAAGAGUAUUAGUUCUUGCAGAAGAACUUCUAGCAGAUGGCAGGCUAAGUGCAAUUAAUACAAGGAAUGUCACAGUCCAGGAAGGAAAGGCGGCCAAUGAAAUGAUGCUUAUUGGAAGUGGAAUACUCGUGAAGCCUGUUCUUCAAUGGGAUGAACAUCCCAUUGGUUCUGGUAAGGAAGGUCCUGUUGCACAAGCUCUAUUUAAACUGAUUUUGGAUGACAUGAAAUAUGGGCCACCUACAGUAAGGAUACCAGUUCCAUAUUGAAACUAUACUAGAAAUAAAUUCAAGAUGCACCAAUCAGUGGCUCCUAAUAACCUAUUUACCAUGGCAUAUAGUUUGCGUAAUGCAAUGGGAAUGGUAUAUUUGUUUGAUGGGACUGCAUGAUUUGGGAGGGAUGAUUAAGUGGAACAGCAGAAUCAGAUAAACUUUAAUCAUGUAAUAUCUGCACAUAUUCAUGGUUUGUUUUGUUCGCUUAUAUAGUUAAGUUGCUGGUUUUGAAUUUUUACAGAUGAAAUUUGAUAUAUUAUUAUGGCA